AACCAUCCAAAUAUUUUAGAGUACUAUAAUUUUAAAGAAGAUGAAAGGUAUUGUUAUUUAUAUACAGAGUUUAUUGAUGGUCUUUCAAUCGAUAAAAAAUUGGAGAAAUUAGCAACAGGAAGCUUUUCAAAUAAUCAUAUGGUUUAUAGUAUCACAUGUAGAUUAUUAGAUGCAUUAUAUUAUAUCCAUAAGGAGAAUAUUAUUCAUAGGGACAUCAAAAGUGCAAAUAUUAUGAUAUCAAGUAAAGGAGUUGUGAAAAUUAUUGACUUUGGACUAUCAAAACUCUUUGAAAACGACUCUAAAAACCAUUCCUUUACCGGUACAAUCAAUUAUAUGGCUCCUGAAGUAUUAUUAUGCAACAAUACAGCUUCAAGAAAAUCUGAUGUUUGGUCAUUAGCAUGUACAAUUAUUGAAAUGACUGGUGGUGAUUUAAAAAAGAAAAAAGAAAUAAACAAUCAACAACAAAAGAAAUCCAAACAACAAUAUAUAAAAGAAAUUCCAACUUAUUUAGCACCAUCUUUAAAACAUUUUCUGUAUAAUUCCCUUAAUGUAGAUCCAAAGAAAAGAUACAAUAUAUCUCAACUAAUCGACCACCCAUAUAUAAAAAGGGUGUGUAAUUAA